AUGCGGGCAAGCCCAAUCAUUCACCUAAACGGUUUCCCGGGCACUGGGAAGUUGACCAUCGCUCGCGAGUUGAUAGAUCUGCUUAACAGUCGCCUGGGCACACUUGGCGGCGAAGGAGAGCAGGCUUUGGAUGCUUCGAAACUGGUCCACAACCAUCUCCUCAUUGAUCCUGCCGACGCCAUACUACAUCGGACUCAGCCAGGCUACCAAUCCUUGCGCAAGGCACUCCGAGAAGUGAUCUUCACAGCCCUGGUCGACGAAAAAGCAACCCACGGAACUACAUAUGUCUUUACAGAUUGGCAGUCUGGAGAUAGCACUGGUACCCAGGUCUGCAAGGAAUUCAUCACCAUGUCGAAAAAUCGCGGCUGCGAAUACAUUCCAGUCAUCAUCACCUGCGACGAAGACGAGAAUUGUCGAAGACUGAUAGAUGGUCAGCGGGAGCAAUGGAGUAAGGUUAGAAAUGUGGAUUUACUCCUUCAAUGGAGGCAGAGAAAAGAUCCGCCUCCGGUGUAUGAGUUUCGUGAUCUUGAAAGACGGUUAGAAGUGGACGUCACCAAACUUAGCGCUAAGCAGGCGGCAGAGGCCAUUUUCAAGCAUGUUUCGCCCUACCUAUCAUAG